AUGAGGUCUCUGAUUGGUUGGGUUGUGUUGGUCAUGUCAUUGGGGGGCUUGCAAUGCGCAGCAGAAUACCCUGCAGCAGGCAUCUCAGAGGACACCCUGAAGCAACUGUCUGAUGUUGGGGAGAAGCUGGUGGAUGAGGAGGUGAGGAGAGCUCUGUAUGGAGUGAAACAGAUGAAGGAGGUACUGGUGAAGAAUGAGGAGAAACAUGAAGACCUGAUGAAGUCUCUCCAACACAGCAGUGACAAGAAGAAGGGUGUGGCCCAGCUAUACCAGGAGGUGGAGCUAAAGCUGGAGGAGGCGGAGCAUCAGUGCCAGGAGUCUCUAAAGGAGGAAUGGGAGGCAUGUUGGCUGUGUCUGGAGGACGCCUGUAAGACCUUCUACACCUCCACAUGCAGGCAGGGCUUCAGCUCCUUCCAGGCCAAGGUAGAGAACUUCUUCCGCGGGGUGUCAUCUCGGUUCGGCCAGAGAGACCCACGUCCUCUAGAUGGAGAUAUGUUGGUGAAUCAGAGUGCUGAUGAACCCGACAGGGAGGUAGUUCGCAUAGAAGACUCCUUCAACAGCCUCAUCGCCAAGGUGGGCUCCCUGUUUGAGCGCAGUGUGGUGCUGGUGGACAAGAUGCAAGGUAAACUGGACCAAAACCUCCAGAAGGCCUUUGACCCCCAGAGCAGAGGCCAAGCCCGGGGCCAACAGCCUACCCAGGACCCCUUCUCCCUGGGGAUGGACUUGGGAUUCAUCCACAGAGUGGGGCUGGAGGAGGUGCUGGACUCCUUCUUCAACUUUGGGAAGAGUGUUGUGGAGGACUUUGGAGAUGUGGCCACACGAGUGUUUGAUGACCUCAAAGACAUUGUGGAGGAGGAGAGGAAGAGAGAGAGGGAGCUUUUCCCUCAUUUCCUCCAGAACAGGAAGUUGUGUAGAGAGUUGAGGAGGCAGACUUCAGAAUGCUGGCAGCUGCAGAACCAGUGUCAGUCCUGCCAAGGGGUACUGCUCACAGAGUGUCCCAGUGUGCGGGAGCUGCAUGUGGAACUGGAUGAGGUGUCUCAGCUGCGGGACAUGUCGAAGAAGCAGUACGACGAGGUUCUGAGCAUUGUGCAGCAGCACACAGGUGACACGGCGAGCUGGAUAAGCAACAUGGCUACUGAGUUCAGCUGGGUGACAGAAAUGGUCAACAACAACACCACACCUGAUACCAUAUUCCGCAUCAGAAAGGUGGUGUCAGAGGGAGUUGAUGGAGGCAGCUCGUCAGGGGGAGACACCAAGGUGGAGCUGAACAUCCUAAACUCUCCUCCUCUCCUCCUGACCAUCCCAGCUGGUGUGGAGCUGCAGGACCCCGCCUUUAUCAAUUUCGUCGCUCAGGAGGCCCUGGGGAUGUACAAGCAGAUGUUCAGACACAAUGACGACUAAGCAUGAAGAAAGUUCACUCACUGUCAUGUCAUAGUUAGUGGACAGUAUGCUCUGUUUUUUUGUUUACUAGAUUUAAUGUAUAUAGUUUUGUAAACAAAUGAAUAUUUAUUUAUUUAGGGAACAUUUUAAGAUUAACGAGGCAAUUUAUUGUAAUGUUGGAAUUAAUUACAUGUAAAAUUGAACCAAAGUAACUUGUACCAGUUGUCAUGUUGCAUGUUGUACAAUAAAAGGAGGAGCUAGAUUCAAGUACAACAUUUUCAUUUAACACUGACUUUUUGGCUUCAAACUUCAAAAAUUCAGAACUUUUUUUUUCUAGUGGUACUCAGCUAGCAUACAAAAGCUACAAAUGGUGAAAUUAACAAAGCUUCUCUGCUACAAAUUCAGUAUUACAUAUAAAUAAAUAAUAAAUAGAUAAUUAAGGCCCCUCAUCCCUGAUGCUCUGCUGGGUGCGCUAUAUCACGUUCACCUAGUGUGGUCUCAUUCAAAUGAUCCAAAGUCUAUACUAUAUGAAGAGCAUGCUUGAAGAAGCACAGUGCAAAGUUAUAUUUCUAAGAAAAUGUACUUCCUUCCUGAUUUUAUUUGUGCUGUAUAAAAAACUAGGCUACACUGCAAUGGAUAGGCAUUCUCAAUCACUAGCCCCGGACUGCCCUGCUCUUGCUGAUGUAACCAGUGCUGUGGUUGUCUGCACCACUGUAACUCUGCAUUGUGUGUGGUUGAUUGAGACUAUAGACGUGGACUUUGGAGGUCAGGUAGUUUUAAUUAAGCAGAAUUCACUCUCUGCAUCCUGCAUCU